GUUGGGUUGGGUUAGGGCUACACAAACUUGCCCCCUACCUGAGUCAUAGCUGUCAGUGCUGUGAGACAGACAUUCAUCCAUCCAUUGUCCAUGUCCCUGGUGGUCAGGAUGAAAAGUCUCUUAAAUUAGAGAUGAGAAACUUAGGUAAGUGUUUUGGAUUGCAGUGAACAAAAGCAACAGACCAUAUCUUAGCAUGAGUGUCAAGUCUCAGGAACCUUAAAAGCAAUGCAGUAGACAUCAUAAUCAGACCCUCACUACAAAUAACAAGCCACGAGCACUGCCUUCUCCACACCAAGCUAAUCCAUAAGCAUCAGGUUUUAACAGCAUCGAAAAAUGGCCUCUCCUCUAAACAACUUCGACUUCCCACACUAUCCUCCCCCACCGCCACCUCCAUCACCAUCGGACAAUGGCUCCACUACUGUUAUAGUAAUUGUUUUUGUCUCAUUUGGCGGUCUCCUCUUCCUGGCAUUCCUCGCUGUUGCUCUCUGUUGCUUCAUUAAGAAGAGGAAGAAGAUGGUACAAGAAACUGACAUUGUACAUGUUGAUGAACGCUUGAAGGUGAAGGAGGCCAUCGUGCCAGGUCCCCAUGGACCGCAAGCCGUGGUGCUGUCAGUCGAGGAAGAUGUUCAUGUUGGGGAGGAGAUCUUGAAAAAAGAGAAAUCCCUGGAAGGUAUGCAAGCUAAAUCUGUAGAAAUGGCUAGUCAGGAAGGAGGAUCUAAUAUUCACAGUAGGGGCCAUGAUGAUCAUCUGGAUCAUAAAUAAACCCUGAUUAUGGGCAUGGAAAGGAACUGCUGUUUCUGUUCGUUUCAACCUGGACAUUUUCUGAUUCUCAGUAACAUUGUCAAAUAAACACAAUCCGCUGUCUUGUAAUUUCCAUGUAUAUAUAUAUGUUCCCCCUGUUGUGUAAAAAUACAUUUUAAAAAUCAUGCAUGACAAGUAGUUGGAAUUGUAAGAUUGUUCUUUUUUA